CAAGACAUUAACAGACAGUAUAUAAAUGGUCCGUGGUGCAUCCGAUGCACAGAAAGUACACUUAUCAAUAGGUAAUCUACUACCUGCAACACGAACUCGUCUAAUACAGACAACUAACUUAACUGGAUUAAUAUUCUUGGAAGAACUCAGCAAGACUACUACAAUGGGCAACCAACUGAGCACAGACACUCUCUGUUCCACAGACUCGGACGGACAUAGUUACUGGGUCGGCAUCGAUUGGAAAUCUUUUGCAAAGGGCAAGCGGAAGAAGUGUUAUCAGGGCUGCUUGAACGGCCUUGGGCCAAGGUCAGGCGAGACGGUAGUCGUGAAGGCCUUCAGAAAUCAACUUCGGAGUCAGGAAGUGUGGCAAAAUGAGGAACUUAAAGGACAAACGGCCAAUCUGAUCUUGGAUAUGUUCAACAGCCAGUACCCUGGACGGUGGGACAUUAAAAUCAAUGUUCCAAUAGUGGCUCUCAUGGAUUCCGUGUCAAAGAUAAACGACAUCUUGGGCUACAGAAGCAGAAGUAGAAGCCUCAACGACAAUGAGUGGGUCGGAAUAGAAGAACACAUUCCAGGGAGGUUUACACAUUUCUGUGUGACGAACACAGUAUGUGAACAUGAGAGAGCAAUACUUCUGGAAGCCUUCUCCCACUUCACGUACCACCAGUCACGAGGAGCUCUUGUCAUUUGUGAUUUCCAAGGAGUCCAAAAUGGCGGGGCGUACCACGUGACCAUUCCCGUCAUCCAUUCGCAAAACGAAGAGUUCGGCGGCACAGAUCUGGGCGCGCACGGAAUCAACGAAUUUUUCAAAACUCACCGCUGUAAUGAUCUGUGUAAGAAAUGGUCGAGGAUGCAGCCACUCUCGCCACCUCCGUCAUUUGAAGACAUACACGAGCUACUGCCUCUACGAGCCGUUCCAUCGGCCCCACCAAUUGACUGUGAUGGUUGAAUAAACUCCUAGAAUGUUGUUUUAAGCUUCUGCUGCAAUCCCAAUAUUGCAAGAAAAAGUGCAACUGGCACUGUCGACAUGCUCGUCAGGUUUGUGUCACCUGGAGCAAGCGUGUGUUUCUAAGCGUGAGGAAAUAUACCACCUGAAGUGGAAAUGCUGUAGGUAAUCUACAGGAGAAAUCUCGUGAGUCCGUAUCUGGUAAUACAGAACCCCCUCCUUCAGGACGAUUACGGCUGAAGCUGACAUUUAUGCAAAUGCUAUUUGUACAUUUGCGGUUGUUGGUUAGCCUAGUGGCUAAAGCGUUCUCUCGCCACACAGAAGACCGCGCUAGGUCACUUUCCCCACAUCCCUACAAUGUGUGAAGUACAUUUCUGGUGUUCCUCUCCGUGGAAUUGCUAGAAUAUUGCUAGGAGCGGCGUAACGCCACGGCUCAGAUUGACGGCCUUUAUAUAGGCUGUUUCAGUAAAGAUACGGUUUCAACUUCACGAACACUUGCCAAAGAACAUAAUCGCAAACAUGAACAGGUUCUCGGAAAAGGUGGAGACCUUUUUAAAGUAACAUUGCGAAGCACUGGUGCUUUUAUGGACGCUUCUGUGUACCAUGGUGAUGUCAUGAAUUUUUAUAACAUGUUAGUGUGUGCUGGUCAACUUUAGUUUAGCACUAAUUCUAACACCCCUUUUUGGGGUACAUUAAUGUAGACCUAGUUUUUUAAGAAAAAGUGUUUGACCAUAGAUGUGCAAUAUUUGUUUUUUAAGAAAGAUAAAGUGUAGCAUGCAAUAUGACACUGUAGUUGUGCCAGUUAGUCCCUCUUUAAAUGAAAACGCAUGAUCACUGUUCUCUGUUAAAAUCACACUGGGGCCUAUCGUGUAAGAAGCCAUGCCUUCUUCCCUGAUUCUUAUAUGUUGACGUAUAAUAGACCUAUCUCGUGGCCCCUCUCCCACGUCAAUCAUAUUCUUAAAAGAAAAAAUCUGUCUCUUAAUGUCUCAUAAAAAACCCUAAUAAGUUCUCGGUCGUGUUGACUAUUGACGGUUUUAUUUAGACAUUUGAUUUAUGUUUCAAUUAUGUUUUUACACUCAUUUAAUUGGGUAUUUUUAGACUGAUACGUAGAAUAUUUUACAAUUCUGCUUCAAAAGCUGUUUCAUGUGCCUUCUACGUAUCUUUCACGUGCAGCCUCAAGUGUGUAACGGGGCGGUGGGUUAGCCUUGUGGGUAAGGCGUUCGCUCGUCAAGCCAAAGGCCCGGGGUCGAUUCCCCACAUGGGUACAAUAUGUGAAGCCCAUUUCUAGUGUCCCCCGCCG